UUAAUGAAAUCGAAGAGAUCUUGCGUACUGGUAAAUCGCACGGUCGGCGGAUCGCUAUCUUUCGUCGACUUAACUGAAGUAAGUAUUGUCGACGCCGACGAAACUGCCGAUGAAGCUGACGGCGACGGAGAUGUCGUCCACCUCGAUAUGAUUGCCGCCAUGGCGAAGCGUUGAAGUUUGAAGUUGGGAUCUGUGAGAUGCGUGGAGGAAGCCACUGGAGGGGUACGUGCUCAUGAAAAUGGCGGGGCCACACUAGCCAGAAAUGGCAGCCCAGACAGCGACACAGACACUCCUCGUGGAAUUGCUGCAACCGCGGGGCGACUUCUCUCUCUAUUUUCCAGAUCUAGCAUGAGGUUGCUUGCUUGCUGCCCGUCGUGGUUUUGCACAUGGGUUGUUUGUUUCUCUGCGUGCAAUCGUGCUUGCAUCUGCAUCUGCAUUCUUUGGCGGGAUCUCCAAGUUCUCAGGCGCUUCACUCCUUCCAGAUCAAGGCCACGAGUGGAGUCAGCGGCUCGGCCUGACGUUGACCGUUGCGAGGUUGGCAAAGUGGUACUCGACAGCGGAGUUUGGCGCCUUUCCCGGAUCGUGCAGCACCGUGUUCUCGAAUACG